GCUCAAGGAAGAACGUCUUGUCACCCAAGCAGCCGCUACCAAGAGCACCACUAUCCACUAUCAACCCCCUCCCCUCUUUCUUUCUUUUUCUUGCUCAUAACUAGCCACAAUUUUCCAAGAUCCUUCAAUUCUAUGCCUUCAUAAUAAUAAUAGCUUCAUCUUAAUAUGCACAAAUUUCACUAGUGCAAUUUCAUCUCUAUCCUUUCCAUCCUUUGAUGUCCAAAAUUCCCUUUUCUUAUCUUUGUUUUUGUUUAUUUUAUCAAAUAAAGAAGAGAUCUUGAAGUGUACACUUGAAUGAACUAUCCCUAUAUAUAUGGUUGAGGAAUAAUAAGUAUUCUUGACUUUCUUUAGGGUUUCAUCUAGCUAGUCCCCAUAAACUAUUCAUCGUGAUCUCAUCUUAAUUUAGGGUUGUCUUUUCUGCUCUUCUUUUUCUUAUUAUUAUCACUACUACUACUAGUAAUACUUAAUGGAGAAUAAUUAUAGUAAUAAUCAAGUAGGUCAAAACUCAAGUGAAAGAGGUCCUUUUUUUUAUGGAACAAGUCAUCAAGUAGUUGGUGCAGCCCCAAAUUAUGGAUCAGGAGGAAGAAAUAGUGGUGGUGGAAGUGGAGGCGAUUGUUAUGAUCCGAUGAUAGUGAAAACAGAAGGAGGAAGUACAUCUCAUCAUCAUCACCAUACGUUUCAUUAUCCUUCGAUAAUAAGACAUCAUAAUCAGACGGUUCAGAAUCAUCAAGAGAGUACUGAGACUUCAGCUUCUGUUGGUGGUGAAGUACUUGAAGCUUUAAAAGCUAAAAUUAUUGCACAUCCUCAGUGUUCUAAUCUUUUCGAUGCUUACAUGGACUGUCAAAAGGUGGGGGCACCACCGGAAGUGGCGGCGAGGCUGUCGGCGGUCCGGCAAGAAUUUGAGGUCCGGCAACGAGCUUCUUUGACAGACAGAGAUGUUUCUAAGGACCCUGAACUUGACCAGUUCAUGGAAGCAUAUUAUGAUAUGCUAGUGAAGUAUAGAGAGGAAUUAACAAGGCCCUUACAAGAAGCAAUGGAGUUCAUGCAAAAGAUUGAAGCUCAGCUUAAUAUGCUUGGUAAUGCUCCCGUUCGAAUCUUCAACUCUGAGGACAAGUGUGAGGGUGUUGGAUCAUCAGAAGAGGACCAAGACAACAGUGGUGGUGAAACUGAACUUCCUGAGAUUGAUCCACGAGCUGAAGAUCGUGAACUGAAGAAUCACUUGUUGAGAAAAUACAGUGGCUACUUAAGUAGUCUCAAACAAGAACUUUCCAAGAAGAAGAAGAAAGGGAAAUUGCCCAAAGAUGCUAGGCAGAAGUUGCUCACUUGGUGGGAUUUGCACUACAAGUGGCCAUACCCUUCGGAGUCAGAGAAGGUGGCAUUGGCAGAAUCAACAGGCUUGGACCAGAAACAAAUAAACAACUGGUUCAUUAACCAAAGGAAAAGACACUGGAAGCCUUCAGAAGACAUGCAGUUCAUGGUGAUGGAUGGUCUUCAUCCUCAAAGUGCUGCUGCUCUUUAUAUGGAAGGUCACUACAUGGGUGAAGCCCCUUUUCGUUUGGGACAGUAAAAUAUGUUUUGAGAUUUUGGAAAGAUGGAUGGAUUUGCAUGCAGCAUUACCCAUUUGGUUCAAGAUUUUUUUAAAAAAGUAGAUGUAUUUUAAGUGACAGACGUGUAUUAAUUGAAAGGAGUCUUGGCGAAACACGUAAAACAGCCUCCUGUAGAAAUGUCUACAGGGUAAGACUGUAUACUAUAGAUUCUUGUGGUUCGUCUCUUCCUCGGAUCACGUGCAUAGAAGGAGCUCAGUGCAUCGGACUGUCCUUUUUAGCCAUGUAUUAAUUCCUGGUAAGGUGAGUAUGAAUAGUUUAAAUUUUCAUGGUUUUAAAUUAGUUGUAGUAUGUUUGUAGCCAGCCUUGUAGGCCUAAGCACAAGGGUAUUUAAGUUACUGCUUGUUCAAUUGUAUAUGGUGAGAAUCCUUUGUAUUUAAUAUUGUAAUAUUAGUGAACCAAAAUCUGGUAUUCAGUGCGAUCAUAUUAUAUUUUAUUUGACUGUAA